GUCAUUGAGACGUAUCAAUGUUUUCUAAUUGGUUUUCUUCAUAUUUUAUUUUAAAUUUUAAUAAAUUACUAUACAUGUAAAUUAUUACUCCAUAAGAUUUUACUAUGUCCAUGAAUAAUUUAUCUACGGUUAUGAAAUCUUGUUCGGAGAGUGAGCUCAUUAGUGAAGUUACUGAUGCUGCUAUGACACCAAAGCAAUCAGAAGGAUCCCGAUUAAAGAGGACUUUUACACUACCUCGUAAUCCGUUUGGAACAGUAAAACCUACUUCCAGUAAAAAUAAAACCCUUGACAAUGAGAGUAAACCAACGAGUGCCUCUUCUGUUGGAUCUGGUGAAUCUCAAAAGGAAGAGAAUAGCCUAGAAAGGAAGUUAUUCAGAAGGCCGUCAUGGAAGAGAUUUCUGAAUAAGAUUGCGCAGCAUAUGAGCUCUGUCAACGCCCCUGGCGUUAAAUCUGCACCACCUAUUUUUAACGGUGAAAGAGUACCAUGUAGUGGAGAUCCUCCAUGGCCUCCUGGUGCAACUCCUGCUGCCUCGGGUAUUAAAAACCAUGGGAACACUUGUUAUAUGAAUGCAGUACUGCAGUGCCUUUCCCAUACUGAUGUUAUUGCUGAAUAUUUUGUUUUGGAUCACUAUAAGGUUGAUCUUCAAAAGCGAAAUAAGAUUAAUUCAAAGAAGUAUGGAACUCGUGGGGAAGUAACAGAACAAUUAGCUGCUUUGCUCAAAGCCCUUUGGGCAUGUCAUUAUACACCUGAUAUGAGCACUAUGUUCAAGGGAGCAGUUGAACGGCAUGGUACACAGUAUAGAGGCAACAGUCAGCAUGAUGCACAAGAGUUCUUAUUUUGGUUGCUAGACAAAGUUCAUGAAGAUUUAAAUACUGCCACGAAGAAAAAAUAUAAGACUAUCAAGAACACAUGUGGUAAACCAGAUGAAGUAGUGGCUGCAGAAACAUUAGCAAAUCAUGCCAGAAGAAAUAGUUCUUUUGUGCAAGCAGUUUUUCAAGCACAGUACAGAUCCGCGCUUACAUGCGCAAAGUGUGAGCGCACAUCUUGUACAUUUGAUCCAUUCCACUGUGUAAGUGUGCAACUACCUUCUAGAUUAGCCACAGCACUGCCAUCGCCACUCCCGGUAAAUGUGGUGUAUGUAAAUCAACAACCCCGUCAAGUCCGUAUUGGUGUAGAGCUGUCAACAAAUGCAACAAUGGAAGACUUGAGAACUACACUGCAUACAGAUACUGGCAUUGACAGGGAUCAUAUUAUUCUGGCAGAAAUCAAUGAAACAGGGUGGUGUAACGCUCGUGGUAGUUGGGAAGCGGCCGGUCUCGAUGCGGGAGCUUUGUACUGCGUGGAAGCACCGCCACUUCUCACCACACCCACCGCGCCUUAUCUGUUAGUGCUUUGGGUCAAUUUGCUUGAAGGACAGCGCUUUGGUUCCCCUUACGCGAUGCAAGUACCCCGCGAGAUCUCUUAUGAAGACCUGCAGAAGCUGAUGUUAAAGGAGAUGUGCCAGAUAAUAGCGGAACGUGUGCUGGAGAACUCACAGGGCACAGAUAUAUUCCGUGCUAGGAUUGCUGAGGCACAUAGGCCGAAGGAUCCAGCUUAUCUGCAGCCUGAGCUCCCGCAUCCACUGUUCGCGUUAGAUGUGGAGCAAGCACUGUGCCCACAUGAUAAAUACCCGCAUCUCAGACUUGAACUUUUAUGGGAUCCAGCUCAUAGAGACAGCAUAAUCCGUGAGGCGGGCGAGUCGUGUGAGGUGCACGUGUCCGCGGCCGCUGCGUCUUCUGUCCCGCUCACUCUACACGCCUGUCUCGCUCACUACACUCGUGCAGAACAUCUCGCGCAGGAGGAUGCAUGGAGAUGUCCACAAUGUCAACGGUACAUGCCCGUCGUAAAAACUUUAGGACUUUGGUCACUUCCAGACAUCCUUGUGAUACAUUUGAAGAGAUUCCGACAACAAGCCAAAGGCCGCACUAGUACAAAGUUAACAACAAUGGUGGAAUUUCCUUUGAAUGAUUUCGAUAUGACGCCCCAUCUGGUGAGAAGGAAUUCAAAUGUAGUCGACUCACCUGGACACUCACGUUCGCCGCGACGAAGACAUUCAAAAACUCCCACGAGUGUGCCCCAAGAAAACAUGUACGAUUUGUACGCCAUUUGCUAUCAUCACGGGGACGAUUUGGAAACGGGCCAUUAUACAGCGGCAUGUAAAAAUCCAUACGACGGUCACUGGUAUAAAUUCGACGAUUCUAGAGUUACUCCGGUGGACGAUGAAAACGCAUAUGUUGAGUUAGUAAAUAACACCGCGUACAUGCUGUUUUACAGGCGCAAAAAACCUAAAGUAACACAUUCAUGCUCUACGGACAAUCAUAACGGCCACUGGGCUCUCCGAAUGCCCAAAUUCGUAAAAACAAAGCCGGAAAUUUUGAACGAACUCACCGAAGUUAAAGAAGAAGUAGUCGGCGAAAAUAAUAUCGAAUUGCAGAAUAUUGAGCCCGAAUCCGAAUCCGAUGCCACGGCUCCAACGAACAGUCCUCUAACGAGAAGUGUAGAAAGUCUACCUGAUGAUAAUAUGAAUGAUGUUUCGACAUUCAUUAACGAGACUGUAUCAAUCGUUCAUAACACUGCUACUAUAAUACAGUCGCCGACUCUGCAACGGCCGUUGAUAGUCGAAGUGAAUGGAAACAAAACGAACGAAGAUUCGAACGAUAACGAAAUAAGUGGAUCCGUUGAGCCAUACAUACAUAAAGACGUUCAUAUAAAUCCAAAAAUGACUCCUGUAGAUUCGCGGCGGCCGCGGUCUGUAGAUUAUCCGGUGCGAACUAGCGUAUCCUCGAGUAGAGACACGAAUCGGAACUACGAAAGUUCGCCGCUAGUGGCGAGCAUAAAUGGCGUCGAGUACCAUCCCACCACAGAAGAAUUGAUGCUAACUAUGUUUCAAGAAUCCAAAUAUAUAGUGCCGAGGCACGGUAAUCAUAUUACCGGAGAAUCUCAUAGAGCGGGUGAGAAGUCAUCUGUCUGGAAAACUCGAAUAUCAACGUGAGGACUGCUGGAGACGCACGAAAACCUAAUAAGGUUUUAUUAUUCUAUUAUUUUAUAACCAAUGUUAGAUCUGCUUGAUUUAGUUGACAGAUUAGAAGAAGCAAAUAAGUAAGUUAUUGAAGUUAACGAGUGAUGAGUAAAUAUAAGCUUGUUUGCGUUUCUAUAGUUAUCAAUACAAUAUUUAAUGUCUUUAAUUUAUAAUACUUUUCUCCAAUAAACCAAUCUAAAAUCUAAGAACAUAAAUAUAUAAACUACAUUUUUCUUAUUCAUUUAGCCUUAAUACAUUUACGCUAGAGGCAAUAAAAGAACUUUCCUCUUUUAAAUAUAUAAUUAGUUGAAAAUAAAAUACUGCCUUAUAUUAUAUGUUUUUCCUUACCAAAGAUUGGCUGGAUAUCAUGAUACUCAAUUAAAGAAAAACAACUAUAGCAUUAUGUAGUUUUAUGAGAAAAUGUAUAACAUUUUUAUGUUUGUAAUUUAUAUUAAUUGGAUGUUUAAAAUCGAUGAAUAGAUUGUUGCUUUCUUUUAUUUUAUAUUAAUUUUAUUGAGGUUUUGGUACUUGAUUAUAAUAUGAAGUUUCCUGUAGAAAUAAUACUUAUAUAUUCUCCAAAUAUACCCCCAAUAAACUAUUUCAUAGGACCCAUAAUUGUGUGAUGUCAAUGCAUUGGCGAAUGUUUGUAAUACGAUGAUUAUUGUAGAUAAAAUAUUUCACAAUUUUUUAAAGUAAAUAAUAAAUCGUAGUUAGCAAGCGUAACAAUCGAAUUUGAUGUAAAACCCUAAUGUGCCUUGGUCCUAGGGAAGUUGUGAUUUUAUGAAAUAAAUUGCCGACGCAUACGUUUAAUUGUAUCACGUUUUCAUUGAAUAUUUUUAAUACAUAUUAGGAUUUUAUAUUUUAUGUUUUUAUUUUUUAUAUAUAAAAGGGCCGUGAUACUGCUACCUGUCGAUUUGUGUGAUUUUUGUGUACGAUUGUAUAUACUGUUUUUUUAAAUAUAGGUAUAUAUAAACGUUGUACAUAUUUCAAGGGUUCUUUUUUAAUUAUUUAAUGAUAUAUUGUAUUAUUUAUGAAAAUAAAUAUUUUUUUAAAAGACAGUCUGUAUUAGUUUGAAAUUUUGUUGCAAUAAUAAUAAUAAUGGCCUAAACAAAGACAAAUCUUUAGUUCCAGUGUUACAUUAUGAACAUUGUUUCUAAAUUAGUCGUUAAAAGGAUAAACAAAUAUUUGGGAUAUGUUUACAAAAAACAAUGAUGAUUGAUUACUUUAUAUGUUAAGAGAUGACGCAUAACAUUAGAACCUAUUUAUUUUCGAUAAUUAUUGCAAUAAAAUCAUGUGUUUUAUAUUAAAAUGUCUACACUGUCGUCUUGAAUUUUAAGCAGUACGUAGUUAAACGGAUGCGUUACUAUAAACAUAUUAUUAUAAUAAUUGGUAAAGUACUCUAAGGAUAAAUGGAUUGCUCUCAGUUUUUAUAGUGAACUUUAUUUGUGAACGUCUUUUAGUUACCCGAUUAACAUGUGAAUGAUGUUUACAGUUCCGUUUUAUGAGGCGUUUGAGUUGGAUGAUUUGACGAUCACUCCUAACACUAACGAUUUUUUUUUUAAAUAUAAUGAUAGCUAAUAAGGGUGGAUUCAGCCUACAAGUGGAGGGAGGGGUAUUUCACAAAGUUGAGUAUCACUCUUUUUUUGCUUGAGUAAAUAUUAUCUGUUAACUUAAUUCACCUUUUUGAUACUUAAAUGGGUACAUACACUAUAUCUAUGUAUGUCUGGCGGUUCAGGGGGUUAUGACUUGUCACUUAACGGUCAAGCGGUCUAGCGCGGUCACGUUACCCCCUCCCCUUCCGCUGGAUCCACCCUUGCUUACUAUAGAUUUAUUGUGUAAUCAAUUAAUGAUGCACCAUUGAUGGAGCAUUGAUCGAGUUUGUGAUCGUCAACAUUUUACUUAUUUUGUAUUAUUAGUUUCGUUGUUUUAUUUAAGAUGUUUAUGAUAUUUUCACCACGUUAUGUUAAAUUAUAUGUGUUAUUGUACACGAUUAAUUGUUUUACUUGUAUCAUUUUAUGCCCUACUUCAAGCUACUUGAAUGAUU